AUGAGGCCUCCACCUCCAGCCGGCGUUUUUGCUUUUCGUCCCAACGAUUUUACCCUGUUUAACAUCGGCAUCGUCACAGCGUCGUCUGAAUUACUUAGGCUGCAGACUCGAGCCGUCAAUUUCGAGGUCGGCAGCUUUAGACGCCUGGAUGUCAGACGAGUUCACGUCUGGUGCUGUGCUGAUGGAAAAUGGUCUUCUCGAUCUUGGUGCUUGCCCUGGUCGCAUUAGCACGUCGCUGGACAACGGCAGUGUCCUGCCUGACUGUCAGCUUUAAAUGAAUUUCUGGGAGUGCACAAACCGCGAUUUCUUGGUCCUCACAUACAUGCUUCAGUAUGCGAGGGUAGUAUGCGAGGGUCUUUAUUUUCACGCUUCAGACGUCUAGGGAUAUGAUUCAGUCUUUUAGUCUUUUUUUGUACUUAUACGAGCGACGGAUCCGUCGCUUUGGUGCACAAGGAUGAACGUAUGAUCUUCCGCCGUACAAGAAUGUCUCAGUAUCCUGCAAAAAGUAUUCAGUGAUCGUAUCAUGCUCCAUAUCAAGACAGCAAAAGGCUCCUGCGCACUUCAAGGACACCAAAUUUCCUAUCAUUCACAGAAAUUUCAUGUUCGAUACGCAUUUGUGCAACCUCUUAAAGUCAUGCCCAACCA